AUGUUCACUCUUUUCCCUAACCUACCACCAGAACUUCGCGACCAAAUCUGGUACCACGCCCUAUCAGAGCCCCGCCAACCAGGAAUAUGUCAAUGGAAGCCAGGCUGCUGGAUCCCAAAACACCUUACAGCAGAAGACCAUGAUUGGUCCGACAACGAUCCCAACAACAUCCGCUUAGAGUUCCGCUAUGACAAGCUGGGAACACCAGUUCAUAUACCGAUCGUGGAUGUUAGUCAAGAAGCGCGCCGUGUUGCGCUAGCUUGGGCCCGCGACAACAACAUCAAGAAUCGAUACAAAAACGGCAGAUACGAGUUCAGGCGCAGAAUGGAUAAGGAUAGAGACACAGUCUACUUUCCCAACAAUAUGAUAGAGACUGCUGAGGUAGAGGCUGUCGAUCGAGGCUUUGAGGGUGAUCUUAGGAACAGGAAUCACACCGUGGCAACAUACGUUACAAGUUUAGCGGUACCAGCAAGAUAUAUACGAAUUGCAGAUGAGGCACUUUAUACCUGGGAGUGGCAUGAGAGUCUCGAAAAAAUAUACGUCAUUGUUGGCAAACAACCCGAUGGAAAGGGUCACUGGGAGAUUGAUACAACGAGAGGAGCAAGCUUGUUUUGGUCAAGAGACACCGGCCAGUUUACUCCCCAACUUGGAGCGGAUGAAUUCUGCAGUGGGGACCUUUUGAAGACGAUCAUGGACGAUAAUAUGGGUCUUGGGUUUGCUCUCCUGCGCUGUCAAGGACCGCCGAGACAAUCAUUUGAGAUUCGCAUCACCAAAGAAGCCGUCUCGCACGGUGGAAAAUAUGAAGAAGAUGUUUGA